AUAAUAAUAAUAAACAACUUUAUGUUUAUAUCCCGCCCCAUCUCCCCGAAGGGACUCAGGGCGGCUCACAACAGGGACAAACCCAACAACGACGCAAUGUAUUUGACAAAAACGUAAAACAUUUAGACAUCUGUGUUUAUGUAUUAGUAUUUCAGACCCUAAACCUGGUGUCCACAUCCCCUUGAGAGCAAACCAGUCCUGGCAGGCUCACAAAGGGAGUUAAUCCCUAACGUGGUUGUGUGAAUAAUACACCCAAACACGUGGCAAAGGGUCACGAAGGACCACGUCUCUCCGUCUGAGGCUGACCUCUGGGCCCAGAGAGGCUCCCGGUGUUCACUUUCACCCCUUUUGCGCCCUUAAUGCGGUCACACUUUAACCAAUUGUGGACUUUAUAUACACCGGGAGCCCCAUCCCGACCUCUUCUGGAUCUUCUUACGGGACAGAGAAAAAGCCACACUGAUGUUGAGCAAGAUGGCCAAGCGAUGAUGUUCUGGUUUCACGGUGGACAACAAGACUCAUGUUAGUGGCGAAACCAUCAUCAUCAUUAUUGGUCUUUUCUUGAUAGAGCUUGGUCUUUCUUGAAGGCCACGUCUUUCUUGAAGGCCACCAUGAGCUUUGCAGAGCUUUUGGAGCACGUGGGGAGCAUGGGGCGCUUCCAGGUGGUCUACGUGACGUUGUUGUCGCUCCCGGUGUUGCUGAUGGCCAGCCACAUGAUGCUGCAGAACUUCACGGCGGCCCUGGGCGACCACCGCUGCGUGGUCCGCUACGAGGACGGCCCCGGGAACCGGAGCCUGGGAGAAGAGGAGCUCCUCGCCGUGGCCAUCCCGCGGGACGAACGGAGACGCCCCGAGCAGUGUCGCCGCUUCGUCCGGCACCAGUGGUGGCUCCUGAACGCCAGCAUCCUCAACGGGACCCACGGCGGGGCUCACAAUGUGACCCACCUGGAAACGGAGCCGUGCCGAGACGGAUGGGUUUACGACCGCAGCACCUUCUCCAAUACCUUCGUCAUGGAGUGGGACCUUGUUUGCUCUUCAAGGACCUUGAAAGAAAUGGCCCAGUCGAUCUACAUGGCUGGCGUCUUGGUUGGAGGCGUCAUCUUUGGUGGCCUUUCAGACAAGUUUGGACGCCGGUUGAUCCUGAUCUGGUCUUACCUGCAGCUGGCCGUCUCUGGGACCGUGACCGCCUUCUCCCCCAAUUUCAGUGUCUAUUGCGUCUUCCGCUUCCUGACGGGGAUGGCCUAUUCGGGGGUGGUCCUCAACUGCGUCUCUAUGAGCGUGGAAUGGACAGCGACCAGGACGCGGCCCAUCCUGGGGGCCCUGACCGGCUACUCCUACACCACGGGGCAGAUCCUCUUGGCGGGUCUGGCCUACCUCAUUCCAGAAUGGCGUCACUUGCAACUGGCCGUCUCUUUGCCGUAUUUUCUCUUCUUCUUCUACUCCUGGUGGUUUGCCGAAUCGGCCCGCUGGCUGGUGACCGCUUGCAAGCUAGACUGGGCCACCAAGGAGCUGAAGAGGGUGGCCCGGAUCAACGGGAAGCCUGAAGUGGCCGACAAGCUGACCAUUGAGUUCUUGAGGUCUCACAUGAAAGAAGAAAUGGCUUCUUUGAAAGCAAGCCAUUCCAUUUUGGACCUGGUGCGGACGCGCACCAUGCGCCGCAUUUCCUGCUGCUUAUCCUUUGUGUGGUUCUCCACCAGCUUCGCUUACUACGGACUGGUCAUGGACCUGCAGAACUUUGGUACUAACAUCUACUUGACCCUCCUCAUUUUUGGAGCCGUGGACUUCCCCGCCAAAUUGGUCUCGGUGUUCGGCAUCAGUUACGUCGGGCGCCGGCCGACCCAAGCGGCUUGCCUGAUCUUGGCUGGACUCACCAUCUUGGCCAAUAUCUUCAUCCCUCAAGAGAUGCCAACCGUGAGGACUGCCCUUGCCGUCUUUGGGAAAGGCUGCUUGUCUGCCUCAUUCAACUGCGUCUACUUAUACACCGGAGAACUUUACCCAACGGUGCUCAGGCAGACCGGCAUGGGACUGGGCAACACGAUGGCCCGCCUGGGGGGAAUGGUAGCCCCCUUGGUGAAGUUGUCCGGCGAGUUCAUCCCUUUCCUGCCCCCCUUGAUCUACGGAGCGGCCCCCAUUGUCUCUGGGGUCGCCGCAGCCUUCCUACCAGAGACACGCAACGUCCCUCUGCCGGAAACAAUAGAAGAGGUGGAGAGCAAAUCCCUGCAGCAGAAGGACAAGACGCAGCAAGAACCUCUCAACCAUCAAAUGCAGGCUCUGCUCCAGUCCACUAAACCCGAAACAUAACAAAUUCGCCAUCGAAAGGCAGAAGUAGCAAGCUGAUAUACCACGCUAAUGAGCCAAAGUUUUGAGUCCAGGGCUUUAGGCGCUACCAGCUGAAAGAUAUGGAUGGAUUACUGUGGAUUUAACUGGGAGAGGAAAAGCAUCAACACAGAUGGAUGCUAAUCAGAGGACAAUGAUAUUUGCUGUCUCUGUGCCCUUGGGCUUUACAAACUUUGCCUGGAAGGGAUGGUUGCAUUCAAAUAAUAAUAAUAAUAAUAAUAAUAAUAAUAAUAAUAAUAAUAAUAAUAAUAAUAAUAAUAAGGCCACCUUAUUGGGAUCUGCACGCAUUAUUUGCCGAUACAUUACACAGCCCUAGACACUUGGAAAGUGUCCGACGUGUGAUCCAAUACAACAUCUAGCAGAGUGUCUGCUGUGGACUCAUCUUGUUGUUUUUCAAAUAAUAAUAUCAAUAAUAAUAAUAAUAAUAAUAAUAAUAAUAAUAAUAAUAAUAAUAAUAAUAGACACUUGGGAAGAGUCUGGCGUGUGAUCCAAUACAACAGCCAGCAGAGUGUCUGCUGUGGACUCAAGACCUGGCUCUUUACUAGAGCUUUUAAUCUAUGUUAAUUUUAUUAAUAUUUGUAUGUAUGUAUUUUUAUCCUUUACAGUUUUAUCUUGUAAAUCGCCUAGAGCAUCAUGGAUGGAGGGCGAUUAAUAAGUAAUUAAAUGAUGAUGAUGAUGAUGAUGAUCUUGUUGUGCUUCAAAUAAUAAUAAUAAUAAUAACAACAACUA